AUGAUUUGCGUCAUUGCUGGUAUCAUAUGUGAUAAGGAUCCAAGCAAUCAGGAACAGGCACUGAAGAAACAUCUUUUUUGCAAUGGCUAUAACGCGAAAGAACCCCCUACUGACGUAUUAAAUGUGACAACGUACUUCACAAUAAGGGCGAUGCAUUUGAUUGACUAUGUCCAUAGAAUGUUAGUUUUCACGGACCAUGGAUUGGUUUGGAUCGAUGAUCAUUUGAGUUGGAAUGCUUCGGAGUGGUACAACAUAACUGUGCUAAAACUUAAACAAGAUGAAAUUUGGAUGCCAAAGAUUAUGACCUUUGAUAACUCUGUCUCGAAAGCUGUUGCAGCCAACUUGAUCGUUCUGCUCACCCUGUUUAUUUGCUGGCUAAGUUCGAUGAUGCACGAGCGACUAGUUUUACUUCUUGUUUCUCUAUACUGCCACUACGGACUAUUGGAAAAAGUUUUGAUUAUCUCUUAUAUUAUCACCUUUAUUUUGUUUGUUGUAACACUGUUCAACCGAUGGUUGCACAGUGCUCAAGAUUCAGCCAUUACUAAUGAGUGGAUUGGCAACAUGUCAAAAAAUCGAGCUAUGGAGUUCAUUCUGAAUGCAGACUACCUGAAUUUUGACCAUAAGGUAGUGUAG